AUGGGUUACACGCACUACUACGCCAUCUUUGGCUGGGGUACACCUGAAUGGCAAAAGGCCUGGGCCCAGCUCAUCGAAGAUGUCCCGAACAUCAUCAAAGAAGCUCGGGUUCCUCUCAGCGGCCCAACCGAGGAUGAAGACAAGGUCACCCCGGUGGUCAUAGACCCUGAGGAAGGCGUCUAUCUGAACGGGAUUAGAGGAAAUGCCCACGAACCAUUCAUACUGUGCAAGCCGGGGGAGUGGACUUUCUGUAAGACUGCUCGAAAGCCGUACGAUGUGGUCGUUACAUCCAUCCUUCUCAGAAUUUGGAUGCUGGCACCGAAGAACCUUGAUCUUGGCUCUGAUGGUGACUAUGAAGACUGGGCCGAUGCGCGAGACCUCUGUGCCACCUUGUGGCCUGGGGAGCCUACCGAUGCUAUGUGGACACAGCGUGAUGAGGGAAAUGACGAGGAGGCCGAAGACGAAAGCGACCAGGUCAAUUGA